GUGUUGAGGAUCUGAACAACUUUUCACUCGACUCGGAGGUUGAAAGUAGCCCAAAGAUGGCUCGAGACUUCCCAGCCAAGAGCCUCGAUAACAUUGAUCUGUCCUGCUUGCGGGAUCCUGCAGGGAUAUUUGAGCUGGUUGAAGUGGUCGGCAAUGGGACCUAUGGCCAAGUCUACAAGGGGCGUCAUGUGAAGACAGGACAGCUAGCAGCCAUUAAGGUCAUGGACGUCACAGAGGAUGAAGAAAUGGAAAUUAAGCUGGAGAUUAAUAUGCUGAAGAAGUAUUCACAUCACAGGAACAUUGCAACAUAUUAUGGGGCUUUCAUCAGAACAAAUCCUUCCAGUCAUGAAGAUCAGCUCUGGCUGGUAAUGGAGUUCUGUGGAGCAGGCUCUGUCACUGACCUGGUCAAGAAAACCAAAGGCAACAGCUUGAAGGAGGACUGGAUAGCGUACAUCUGUCGGGAAGUUCUACGGGGACUGGCCCAUCUUCACUCUCACCACGUCAUCCAUCGUGACAUCAAAGGACAGAACGUGUUAUUGACUGAGAAUGCAGAAGUAAAGCUUGUUGAUUUUGGAGUCAGUGCACAGUUGGACAGAACCAUGGAGAAACGGAAUACUUUCAUUGGGACACCUUAUUGGAUGGCACCAGAAGUGAUAGCAUGUGACGAAAAUGCGGAUUCCACGUACGAUUACAGAAGUGACCUGUGGUCUUUGGGAAUCACCGCAAUUGAAAUGGCGGAAGGAGCUCCUCCACUCUGUGACAUGCAUCCCAUGAGGGCACUUUUCCUCAUCCCACGGAACUCUCCCCCCAAACUGAAGUCAAGGAAAUGGUCGAAAAGAUUUAUGAACUUUGUAGAAACCUGCCUGGCUAAGAAUUACUUGCACCGACCCUCCACUGAAACCCUAUUGAAACAUUCAUUCAUUCGCGACCAACAGAAUGAACGGCAGGUCCGCAUAAUGCUGAAAGACCACAUAGACAGGACCAGGAAGAAGAGGAAUGAGAAAGAUGAAACGGAAUAUGAAUACAGUGGAAGUGAAGAAGAGGAUGACGGAAUGAAUGAAGAUGAAGGAGAGCCAAGUUCCAUUGUGAACCAGCCCGGAGAGUUAACGCUGCGACGGGAGUUUCUGAGGUUGCAACAGGAGAGUGCGAGCCGCCCGACGGCGCAGCAGCAGCGACUGUCACAGCAGCAAAUGUGCGAGCAGGAGCAGCACAGGAAGAACAUGCUGGCCGAGCGUCAGAAGCGGAUCGACCAGCAGAAGGAGCAGAGACGGUGGCUGGAAGAUCACCACAAGAGGGAAGAGAAGCAGCGGAGGCAGCAGGAGAGUGUGAAGAAGCCAGAACAGAAGGAAAGGCACAGGAAGGAACUGAGGAGUAAAGAAGGAAAGGAAGAAAUGAGGUGGGCGGAGGAGGAGAGUUGGAAAAUAGUGGAAGGGAAAAGGAAAGCUGAUGUAAAGCAGGCAGAUGGUCUUCCAGAAUCUUGGAUGAAUGAAAACUCCAAAAUAAUGGACCAUCCUCACCAACAGGGAGCAGAAAGACGAAAGAAAGUAGAUGAUGGUUUAGCUCAAUUACACAAUAAACUGGACAAGAUGGAUCCUGGCCCCCGUGUACCUGCACACUGUGACUCCACAAAUGGUGGCAGAGCAAAUCACAACUCUGCUCUGCAAAGUCCCACAGACUUACAGGAUUUGGACCUGAAGGAGUUCAGAAGCAAACUCUUCAGUGCCCUGUCACUAACUGAUGUGGGUUUGAUGCCAACGUCGCCUGAACCAGAUGAUGUGUUUUGGGAAGACCCUGCCCCAGCUCCCAAGGUUCCUGAAAGAACAGUGUCUAAAUCCCACAGCAAAGAACAAAUAAACAGUCAUGCUGGUCAGAAAAGUGUUUUCAGCUUUGAAAUGCAGUCCCGAUGGGAGAGGGUGGAGUGCCCACCAGCCAAGCAUGUAACAGGCAAUUCCCCCAGAAACAGUUCACAGACUGGAGGUCAAUCUAGUUCCAGGGCAACACCGGCACCUGGUCUAAGUUCGUCCAACUCAAGUUACAAGCAGCAGGGUCGGAGAUGCGAAGAGAAAAGGGGUUUCCCUAUUUCUAGACAUCACACGGAGGAGAUUGCAUCAGGCAGAGGAAAGUCUGGCCCCACCCCUUUUUUCAAGGCAACAGAUUACUCCUCAUCAAGUGAUGAAGUUGGCAGUACUGAUGAAGAUGAUGAAUUGUAUCACAACAGAUUAGAACGCUUACGAGGCAGAUCCAGACAACCUGCCAUUUUAAACAGCAGUGACAUGCAGUGCACCAGCACAAGGGUUUCAGAUGGCAUCGAGCUGCAGCCACAUGCCACCUUGAGUGAAGAACAGAGCGUAGCAGGGCAGGAGGGUAGGAGAAGGCAUGAAUGCCCAGGUGUCCUCAGUCCGGUACAGCAUCUCCCAGACCUCCUGCAGCAAGGCCACAACACCAGCACCUCGGCUGACCAGCAAGAACUGGGGCAGACCCUCCACAACAAGAUUACAUCUAACCAGGGUCAGCUGGUGGAGAGCCCACAAGCCAAAGGUAGUUCUUCAUCAUCUUCUUCAUUCACAUCAUUUAUCGACCCCAGACUCCUACAAAUAUCUCCGUCCAGUCCUACAGGAACACCAGGUAGUGGUAAAUGCGAGCCCCUUCAAAGAGACAGCACAAGAAAAGGGUCGGUUGUAAAUGUCAAUCCAACCAAUAUACGGCCGCAGAGUGAUACGCCAGAAAUCCGCAAGUACAAGAAGAAAUUUAAUGCAGAGAUACUGUGUGCUGCUUUAUGGGGAGUUAAUCUGCUGGUGGGCACUGAGAAUGGACUCUGGUUACUGGAUAGAAGUGGACAAGGCAAAGUUUACUCACUCAUCAGCCGCAGACGCUUCCAGCAAAUGGAUGUACUGGAGGGACUGAAUGUCCUCAUCACCAUAUCAGGGAAGAAGAACAAGCUGAGAGUUUAUUACCUGUCGUGGCUGAGAAACAAGAUACUGCGCAAUGACCCAGAAGUGGAGAAGAAGCAAGGCUGGGUGUCGGUUGGUGAUCUGGAAGGCUGUGUCCACUACAAAGUUGUUAAAUAUGAAAGGAUUAAAUUCCUUGUGAUUGCUCUGAAGAAUUCUGUUGAAGUCUAUGCGUGGGCUCCAAAACCAUAUCACAAAUUCAUGGCAUUUAAGUCCUUCUCGUCUCUCCCGCACAAACCGCUGGCAGUGGACCUCACAGUAGAGGAAGGUCAGAGGCUGAAAGCUAUCUAUGGAUCCACAUCAGGAUUCCAUGCCAUUGAUGUUGACUCGGGAACGGUUUAUGACAUCUACCUUCCGACUCACAUUCAAGGAAGCAUUCAGCCGCACGCCAUCAUCAUCCUUCCGAACACGAACGGAAUGGAGCUGCUGAUUUGCUACGAAGAUGAAGGGGUCUAUGUAAAUACCUACGGCCGGAUCACCAAAGAGAUAGUCAUGCAGUGGGGAGAGAUGCCCAACUCAAUCGCCUACAUCCAGUCAAAUCACAUCAUGGGUUGGGGAGAGAAAGCAAUUGAGCUUCGUUGUGUGACUGAUGGGCGGCUUGACGGAGUAUUUAUGCACAAAAAAGAACAGAAGCUUAAGUUCCUGUGUGAAAGGAAUGACAAGGUGUUCUUUGCCUCAGCCCCAUCCGGUGGAAGUAGUCAGAUUUAUUUCAUGACCCUUGGCCAGAACUCUCACUUGAACUGGUAGCCGCUGGGAAUACUGAGCACACGUUCUGUGUAUGUUGGGUUGCACUGAAGUGACCAUUUCUAUGUACUCACACCACACUGGCCCUCAACUAACCAUGCUGGCUACAUCCAUUACGUCCAAUGAUCCAUCGUGGAAUAGAAGCCUGUCGUCUGUUCGACAAUGACUAAAACUGGUUUCAGUAAUUCUGCUGCUUUUUUUUUUAUAUAUAUAUAUAGAUAUAUAUGUAGUAUCUAUGUUAUUGGAAAAGGGCAGGUUGUUGUCGCAAUCAGGGUUGUUAGUGCAUUACUGUAAUGUUAAAGCAAAAAGGUAGCUCAGUGUACCAGUGAGGAGCAGGUAUAUACAAUCAGUGGUCACUUUGUUAGGCGCAGGGUGGGACCCAAUGUGGUCUUCUGCUGCUGUAGCCCUUCCACUUCAAGGUUCAACGUGUUGUGUGCUCCAAGACAUUCUCUGCACACCACUGUUGUAACACGUGGUUAUUUGAGUUACUGACACCUUCCUGUCAGCUUGAAACAGGUCAUUCUCCUCUGACCUCUCUCGUUAGCAAGGCAUUUUUGCCUAGAGAACUGCUACUCACUAGAUGUUUUUGUUUUUUUGCAACAUUCUCUGUAAACUCUAGAGACUGUUGUGAGUGAAAAUCCCAGGAAAUUAGCAGUUCCUGAGAUACUCAAACCACCCCAUCUGUCACCAACAAUCAGUCACUUAAAUCACAUUUCUUCCACAUUGUGAUGUUUGGCAUGAACUUCGUGAACAUGACUGCAUGCUUUUAUGCAUUGAGUUUCUGCCACGUGAUUGACUGAUUAAUAGUUGCAUUAACGGUGUACAAGUAUACCAAAUAAAGUGGCCACUGAGUGUCUAGUAUCUCUGGUUUUGGAAAAAGGGGGUUGUUGUAGCAAUCGGAUAGUGUUUUACUGUAAUAUGAAACAAAACGAUAGCUUGAUGUACCAGUGAGAGCAGACAAAUUUGUGCUCAAGCAUUUUGCACAAUAAUGUCUUCGUGGUUUACCGCCCUCCCCCCACCCUGAGCUAGCGUUUGAGCAGUUCACCCCAGUAUUUUGUAUAUUCAGUAUAAAUGGGUUUUAUGAAGGUAAUGCUAAUGUUAAGACAAUUAAUGUACUGUAACUCAUGUGGAAAUAAUUCUCUAGCCUUGCACCUUUUUCAAAAUGGCUUUCUGCCACUUUUGAUAUUCAGAGCAGUGUGAUUGCCUGACUUUAGAUGAUUUUUAAACAGAAUCAUUCAUCGGUUAAUCAUUUCUAGGCACUCAAUGUGUUAGUCUUGUGAGGAUAGGUUGAGUGAGCUAGGGCUUUUUUCUUUAGAGCAAUGGAAGGUGAGAGGGGGCUUGAUAGAGGUGUAUGUGAUGACAAGAGGUAUAGAUUGAAUGAAUACCCAGAGACUUUUCCCAGGGCAGAAAUGGCUAAUGUGAGAGGGUAUGUUGUUACUGAGAUUUGAAGAAUGUGCCGAGGGGGAUAUUAGGCGUAGACUUUUUUUCUUGCAGAGAGAGUGGUGGUUGUGUGGAAUGUGCUGCCACAGGUGGUGAAAGAGGUAGAUGCAUUAUGGAUAUUCAAAGGACUCUUAGAAAGGAACAUUGAUAGACUGACUAAUAGAGGGCAAAAUGGGAGGGAAUUGGUCACAGAGUAGAUUAAAAAAUCAGCACAACGUUGUGGACCUGUCCUUCGCUGUAAUGCCCUAUGCUCCCUGGUUCUAGACUUUGGCUACAUAACAGAUGUAAGAAAAAAAAAGAGGCAAUUAUUUAGAAAUUUGAUCUGGCUCCACUAGGGAAUGAGAUUGCUCCUAAUCUGCUCCGUAACUCCGUUUUCCUGCCCACACACCAUCUGUCUUUCUAUCCUGACAAAACCCAUGGCAUUGCCGCUGACAAUGGGACAAGAGGUUUCUAUGCUUUACCUUCCAAUGAAAGCAGGUCUUCCUAAUUUUACUAAAUAAUGCUGAUGGAAAAUAGGUCAUUCAUUCCCUUUCCAAACUUGCAUAUGUUUCUUUGUAUUUAUUGAUGGCGAAUGAUUAUCACUGACAAAGUUGUUUCCCUGAAGAUCAAGUUUAUUGUCAUCUGACAGUACAUGUACACAAACGAAAUAAUGUUCCUCCGGACUAUGGUGCACCCACAAAACAUCUAUCAUAUACAGCACUUAAAACAAAAUAUUAUCACAAAUAAUUUAAUAAAAUGUAAUUCAAAAUGCAUGUCGUGCUCAGCACAAGUAAACGGUAAACAGCUUGCUGUUUUGGUGACGAGACCUCUGUGGUGGCAGCAAAUUCAUUAGUCUCACAGCCUGUUAUCCUGUAUGCAAGUCCUAGUCCUGAUGCUCCAGUACCUCCUUCCUAACGGUAGUGGGUCAAAGAGAUUGUGGGAUGGGUGGUAGGGAUCCUCAACAAUGCUUCAGGCCCUUUGUAUAUACCACACCGGUAAAUGUCACAAAUAGGAGAAAGGAGACCCCACUGAUCCUCUUAUACUAUCAUCUGUAGGCUCUUACAGUCCGAUGCCCCUUGAUGUUCCCCCUGCACUGCAAAUAUUUCUUCUAUUAGUUGUCAAAUUAUUCCCUUAAUGUUUCCGCCUGUGUUUUAUUCAGAUUCUGAUUUAAAUGUAUUUAUUACAUGUUCAUGCUAGGAUACAGUGAUGUGCUUUGUUUGCAUUAAUUACCAAUACACCUAAGGAUGUGCUGGAGGCAGCCAACAACUCUUGCCAUAUAUGGUGUCAACAAUCAUGCCCACAUGCUCAAUGCAACAAGCAACAAAAUAACAACAUCUAAAAAAAGCCCCUUUCUUCCCUCCACCAGAGAUGAACCAGUGGGCAUUAAUGUUGUCCAGUGUUAAUGCAGGGGUUAAGCUCUAUAGUAAGGAACAGGGUAACUGCUUUCCCUGAAAAGGUUUCAGUAUUUAAUCACAAAAAAGGAGAAAAUCUGCAGAAGCUGGAAAUCCAAGCAACACACACACAAAAUGCUGGAGGAACUCAGCAGGCCGAGCAGCAUCUUUGGAAACGAGUAUAGUCGACAUUUUGGGACAAAACCCUUCAUCUGGACGGUCCCGAUGAAGAGUCUCUACCUAAAACAUUAACUAUACUCUUCGCCAUAGAUGCUGCCUGGCCUGCUGAGUUUCUCUAGUAUUCUGUGUGUGUUGUUUGUAAGUACUUAAUCUCCAAUUUUCAUGACAUUUUCUCAGGUCCAAUUUGGAGUGAAUUUCGGUGCAUAUUCUCCCAAGCAAAUUAUUUAAGUAGGAUUAGAUUAAAACAAGACUGGAUGAUAAAGGCUUGGUCUAAAGGUGAUGAAGACGUGUGAAAUUGACUACUGAAUCCCUUUGCAAAACCAGGAGAGACGUUCAUGUCAUCUGGAGCCAAUCAAAGCUUAGUUCCUCAUCUUGUAGCAACUAUCCCCCUGCUGUCCAGGAAGUAAAACUGAACUGGGAAAUAACUUUUAUUUCAUCCCACCUCCCCAUCUGGUGUUUGGUCUGAACAACAUCUGAACCUCUUGAUCAUGUUUGCAUGCUUUUGUGCAUUGAAUUGCUGCCACGUGAUUGGCGGAUUGAGAUACCUGCAUUAACAAGAGCAGGUGUACCUAAUUAAGUGGCCACUGAGUGUUUGUAAGGCAGGAAACAAUGGUGCGUGUACGUCUUUGUGUAUGCAUCAUUGAAAACAGACCAAAAACAUAAUAACACCCACAAACACAACCACAGCCAAACACAAAUACAGAGAUACAAACAGAUAUAGAUGAUGAAGAUACAGGAACACACACACACACACACACACUCUCUUUUUCUCUCUGUCACUCUCACUUUCCAUCUCACUCUCUCUUUCUCUCCCUCCCUCCGAAGUCUGGGUGAAAGUGGCUGAUUUUCUCCUCUGUAGGACAUUAGUGAAUCAAAGGAGUUUUACAAGAACCUAGUAGCUUUAUGAUCAUCAUUAGCAACACCACGUGUUAAUUUAAUGAACUUAAUUCCCCAUUUUUUAAACUCCUUGCUCUGGAUCAUUAUUGAGCCCUAGAUUACUGUCCAGUGACAUAAUCACUGCCAACCUGACUUUCUGAUGAAUGUUUUGAUAUGGUACCAAUAAAAACCAGGUGUUCAUGGUGUUCCCAAAUCUAACGAUCAUUCCAUAGAUGUGAGAGUAACGCUCUCAUAUUCAGCAGGAUACGCCCAGUGACAACAAGUGCCAUUGUUAUUUUUGGAUGUUUUUACCGAUAUCCCUACCUGAUAAUUAGUUCUAAUCUGAUUGUUGAAAUUAUCCAGAAAUCUCCACAAAAGAAUUGCAUUUUCCUUUAUUUUUUUAAAAAACCAAGAUCUCUGAGUGCCUUAGAAGUUAUUUUAAUGAAAAUAUAUGCCUAACACUUAUGCAUUUUAAAAUAAGGUCCCGGUUAAAACAAGUGGUGUUAUAUCUGUCCGCUUUGUCCCUUCCUCCCCUAUUUCCCAUCACUUCAGAAACACUGUCAGUGUUCAAUAAAUGCUUGACCUGAUUAGCCAGUCACAAUAAGCUUGAAUAUUUCCUUCCACACUUCACAACACAUCUAAAAUCAGUAGAGCUGUUUAUAAUACUCUCUUGAGAGAAAGUGGUUCAACAGAAUGUAUAAUCUACAACCUGAAGCCGUUACUCUUUGCAGACGCCCAUAAAACAGAGGAAAAACCCCAAUGACAGAAAAACAUUGGAACUCCGACGUCCUUCCCCCUCCCACACACAAGCAGCAGCAAAGCAUCAACCCAGCCCCCUACCCGCUCCAUCCAAAAGCAUCAGCCCCCAACCCACCACCACCCACAAUGCGAGCAAUAAUAAGUGCAAUAAGGAUUUGAAAAAAAGAGAGAGGACGUUUAUGAGCACAGCUAGGGCUUUUCUCUUUGGAGUGAAGGAUGAUGAGAGCUGACCUGAUAGAGGUGUAUAAGAUGAUAAGAGGCAUAGAAUGAGUGGAUAGCCAGUGAUUUUUUCCCAGGGAAGAAAGGAGCAUAAUUUGCAGGUGAUUGGAGGAAAGUAUUGUGGGGUUAUCAGAGGGAGGAUCAUUACAAAGGGUGGAAAUGGCUAAUUUGAGGUGGCAUAAUUUGAAAGUGAUUGGAGGAAAGUACAGGUGUGACAUCAGAGGUAGGUUUUUUUUACACAGAGUGAUAGGUGCAUGAAAUGCUCUACUAGGGGCAGUGGGAGAAGUAGACUGAGGGACUUUUAAGAGACUCUUAGAUAGGCACAUGGAUGAAUGAAAAAUGGAGGAACCAAAGAGCCUGAACUGUGCUGUACUGUUAUAUAAAAUGAACAAAAUAUUAAAGUGUAAGCUAACAGCAUGGGCAAAUCCGCAUAGAAAUGAGCUGUGAGAGUCAAGAGACAGCGAUAAUGAGAACGAUAGAAGAAGGUAGAUCUUGAAAGACGUCUGCAGGCAGAGAAAGUGAAAGGAGAGAAUGAAGAUGUGGAAAGGACAAUGGAGGGAAUAAAAAGCAGAUGGCAAAAUGAAUGAGCCAGGAGGCAGAUCAGGGAAGUAGGAUGGGAAGAUAAGCCACGAGUGAAAAGCAAAACAAAAAGGUGAAGAAAUGAAAUAAUAUGGAAUAGAAGAAGCAAGAAAGCUCAGUCUACAAAGAUAAUCUUUUCAAAGGGAUUUUAAGUCUAAAAGAAGUACCGAAUUGACCACAUGACAUUAAUUUACUCCACCAUCUAUUAACUCUCAGACCUAGGGAGGUCAUUCCCAUCAAUCUUCUGAACACCGACUGCAGGGAAUAAAGUAAUAUUUGUCUCCUUUGAUUGAUGAAGAAGGGCAAAGUGUUGUAUAAAUGUGAAACUUAGUGUAAAAACUGCUGGUUCAACACCUGCUUUUGGGCUGCAGACUGUAUCCAAUGUUCUACGUCUGUAUCUUUCUAAUUCCUUCCUGUUCCCAGCUGUGGUUCAGUGGCCAGCUCCCUCUCACCCAGAAAUCCAAAUAUAUCCAUUCAAAGGCCAUGUCACGGGCUGGAAUACAAACACUAACCUGGUCUCCCAGUGCCCCAUCCAGGGCUCUGAGAUAAGGCAUAAAAGUGAUGACCGCUGGUCUUGCAAGGGAAGCUGAACAUUUUCAUAGCACUGUUUUGAGGUUACCCACAUUUUCAUGGCUGGCCUCCAUCGCACCCUAACAAUCUGGUGCACACUGAUGGGUGAGUCUGUAGGUACUUCCUGUGCCUAGUAAAAUGACCACUGAGUGUAUGUUCAUGGUCUUCUGCUGCUGUAGCCCAUCCACUUCAAAGUUCAAUGUGCUGUGCAUUCAGAGUUCCUGUUCUGCAUACCACUGGUGUAACACGUGGUUAUUUGAAUUACUGUCACCUUUCUGUCAACUUGAACCAGUCUGACUAUUCUCGUCUGACCUUUCUCAUUAACAAGGCACUUUUGCCCACAGAACCACCACUCAUUGGAUGUUUUUUUUUAAUUUUUUGCACCAUUCUCUGCAAACUCUAGAGACAGUUGUACAUGAAAGUCCCAGGAGAUCAGCAGUGUCUGAGAUACUAAAACCACACUGCCUCGUAUCAACAAUAAUCCCAAAAUAACCUAGAUCAUGUUUCUUCCCCAUUCAGAAGUUUGAUCUGAAUAACAACGGAACCUCUUGACCAUGUCUGCAUGCUUUUUUACAUUGAGUUGCUGCCACAUGAUUGACUGUAUAUGAUCUAGCGUACAAAAGGUCAUCAUACUAUGAAACAUUAAUCUUAUUUAUGUAGAUGAUAGUUGAUCCAGACAAGGCCUUUUUCUAUCCUGCAUGGUUCUAUAACUCUCUCUGACAUAUUCAUGCCAGAUGUGAUCAAAGAUGAUCUCCCCCAGAACAAAUUCACAAAACAGAAUGUCACAUGGAAAAUCACGUUGACAAAUUUGCCCUGACAGGACAAUCGUGUCACUCUAGUGAGAACAAAUCAAUCUGGGAAGUGUCUGGUCGAAUUUCCAAAGUGGUGUGGGUGACUGAGGAAAGGCCUUUUGCUCUGAGUAAACUCAGUUAGCAGUCACUGCUGUGAGAGGGGGAGGAACUGCAUGAGAAACACAAAAUAUUGGAGGAACUCAGCAGGUCAGGAAGCAUCCGUGGAGAAGAAUAAACAGUUGAAGUUUGGUCUGAGACCCUUUAUCAGGAUGGGAAAGGAAGAGGGAAGAAUCCAGACUAAGAAUGUGGGGUGAGGGGAAGGAGUACAAGCCAGAAGGUGAUAGGUGAAGACAGGUGGGUGGGGGAGGGUGGAUGAAGUGGGAAGCUGAGAUGUGGUAGGUGGAAGAGGUAGAUUCUGAAGAAGAAGGAAUCUGAUAGGACAAAACAGUGGACCAAGGGAGAAAGAGGAGGAGACGGGUCACCUGAGGGAGGUGGUGGGCAGGUGAAGAGAAGGGAUGAGAGGAGAGACAAAAUGGGGAAUGGAAAAAGAGCGAAGGUGGGUGGGGGGAAUUACUGGAAGUUAGAGAAGUUGAUACUCAUGGCAUCGAGUUUGAGGCUACAUUUUUUCAUAAUAGGAUGACAAUAGUCAAUAAAUAUGACCAUAAGACAUAGGAGCAGAUUUAGGCCAUUCAGCCCAUUGAGUCUGCUCCACCAUCUCAACAUGACUGAUUUAUAAUUCCUCUCAACCCUAUUCUCCUGCCUUCUUCCUGUAACUUUUGAUGACCUGACAAAUCAAGAACCUAUCAACCUGGAAAAGGUAAAGGGCUGAAGAAGAAGAAAUUUGAUUGUUUAAGAUUGUUCAGUGUAAUGGAGAAUGAAAUAAUUGUUACACUGGAUAUGAGAUAGUGCAAAAAAAAAUACAAUAAGGAACAGAAUACAACAAUAAAAAACAAUAAAUAUAAAUACAAAAGAUAGCUUUUAUACAUUGGUUGAUUAUAUGUUCACUUGGUACAGGAGUGUCUGUACAUAAAAUGGCUAUGACAGGUAUUGAUAAAGUAGUGUGGUUGGGGGUGUGGAGGUGUUGAUCAACCUUGCUGCUUGGUGAAAGUCACUGUUUUUGAGUCUAGUUGUCCUGGCGUGCAUUAUGAUUGGACUGGGACAAACAGUUCAUGAGCAGUGUGGGCGGGAUCCUUCAUGAUAUAGGAGAGGAAAGAGGACCACUGGAGAAAGGGAAGGAGGAGGGACACCAGGAUGAGCUAAUAGACAGGUGAAGAGAAGAGACAAGGGAAUAGGGAAAAGGAAAAAUACUGGAAGUUAGGGAAAUCAAUGUUCUUACCAUCAGUUUUCCGUCCUGAUGAAGGCUCUCAGCCCAAAAUGUCGACUGUUUACACCUCUCAUAGAUGCUGCCUGACCUGCUGAGUUCCUCCAGCAUUUUCAGUGUUGCUCUGGAUUUCCAAAAUUUGCAGAAUCUCUUGUGUCUUGACUGCGCGCUAGCAUAAAAUGGGCAAUAAUGAUCAAGACAACUGUUGUACAUAUCAACACACGCAAAUUGCUGGAGGAACUCAGCAGGUCAGGAAGCAUCCGUGGAGAAGAAUAAACAGUUGAAGUUUGGUCUGAGACCCUUUAUCAGGAUGGGAAAGGAAGAGGGAAGAAUCCAGACUAAGAAUGUGGGGUGAGGGGAAGGAGUACAAGCCAGAAGGUGAUAGGUGAAGACAGGUGGGUGGGGGAGGGUGGAUGAAGUGGGAAGCUGAGAUGUGGUAGGUGGAAGAGGUAGAUUCUGAAGAAGAAGGAAUCUGAUAGGACAAAACAGUGGACCAAGGGAGAAAGAGGAGGAGACGGGUCACCUGAGGGAGGUGGUGGGCAGGUGAAGAGAAGGGAUGAGAGGAGAGACAAAAUGGGGAAUGGAAAAAGAGCGAAGGUGGGUGGGGGGAAUUACUGGAAGUUAGAGAAGUUGAUACUCAUGGCAUCGAGUUUGAGGCUACAUUUUUUCAUAAUAGGAUGACAAUAGUCAAUAAAUAUGACCAUAAGACAUAGGAGCAGAUUUAGGCCAUUCAGCCCAUUGAGUCUGCUCCACCAUCUCAACAUGACUGAUUUAUAAUUCCUCUCAACCCUAUUCUCCUGCCUUCUUCCUGUAACUUUUGAUGACCUGACAAAUCAAGAACCUAUCAACCUGGAAAAGGUAAAGGGCUGAAGAAGAAGAAAUUUGAUUGUUUAAGAUUGUUCAGUGUAAUGGAGAAUGAAAUAAUUGUUACACUGGAUAUGAGAUAGUGCAAAAAAAAAUACAAUAAGGAACAGAAUACAACAAUAAAAAACAAUAAAUAUAAAUACAAAAGAUAGCUUUUAUACAUUGGUUGAUUAUAUGUUCACUUGGUACAGGAGUGUCUGUACAUAAAAUGGCUAUGACAGGUAUUGAUAAAGUAGUGUGGUUGGGGGUGUGGAGGUGUUGAUCAACCUUGCUGCUUGGUGAAAGUCACUGUUUUUGAGUCUAGUUGUCCUGGCGUGCAUUAUGAUUGGACUGGGACAAACAGUUCAUGAGCAGUGUGGGCGGGAUCCUUCAUGAUAUAGGAGAGGAAAGAGGACCACUGGAGAAAGGGAAGGAGGAGGGACACCAGGAUGAGCUAAUAGACAGGUGAAGAGAAGAGACAAGGGAAUAGGGAAAAGGAAAAAGUACUGGAAGUUAGGGAAAUCAAUGUUCUUACCAUCAGUUUUCCGUCCUGAUGAAGGCUCUCAGCCCAAAAUGUCGACUGUUUACACCUCUCAUAGAUGCUGCCUGACCUGCUGAGUUCCUCCAGCAUUUUCAGUGUUGCUCUGGAUUUCCAAAAUUUGCAGAAUCUCUUGUGUCUUGACUGCGCGCUAGCAUAAAAUGGGCAAUAAUGAUCAAGACAACUGUUGUACAUAUCAACACACGCAAAUUGCUGGAGGAACUCAGCAGGUCAGGAAGCGUCAAUGGAAAGCAUUAAACAAUCAAGAUUUCGGGCCGAGACCCCUCAUCAGGACUGGAAAAAAAGUGAGAAGUCAGAGUAAGAAGGUGGAGGGAGGGGAGGAAAAAGCGCAAUGUGGUAGGUGGUAAGUGAAAGUGGGAAGGGGGAGGUGUGAAGUUAAACAGUUGAGAAUUCAAUUGGUGGAAGUGAUAAAGAGCUGGGAAAGGAGAAUCUGAUAGGAGAAGGUAGAAGACCAUGGAAGAAAGGGAAGGAGGAAGAGCACCAGAGUGAGGGGAUGGGCAAGAGAGGAGAUAAGAUGAGGGAAGGAAGCAGGAAUGGGGAAUGGUGAAGUGGGGGAGGGACAGUUACUGGAAAUCCAAGAAAUUAUCCAUUCCUCAGUUUAUCACUUUCAGUUAUCUCCAUUAUAGAACUCUGGAAUUUGGCAAAAUACAAAAGGGUUUUGAGGAAAACCUUUUCCCCCCUAACUAUGACUAUGAUGCAUGCCACUCUAUUUUCUAUUUGCACAGAAAUUUGAGUAGACACCAACAUGUGGGUGAACGUGGUCGCUCCCAGAAUGGAACAAAUUCUUCUGGGUUGUAUGAUGUCACUUUAAAAUUCGACCAGGCUCUUCCUGACAUGAGUUACAUUUACAAAUUCAACAGUUUUCUCUGAGGCUCAAGAGGCAACAUCCAUUGGUCAUUCCCUGGUCAAUCACUGCACUGUAUGGAAAUGGAAUCCUAUUCAGUUACAUAUCAUUACUUACUUCCAUCAACUGGCAAACCGCUAUAGUUCUGAAACCAUUUAUCCAUCAGCUUCACUUGCAAAGGUGUCCCUGAUUAGCACAGACACUGAUCUACUCUGUUAUCCUUGCCGUGACUAUGAAAACCAAGAACCGGCCCAAUCUUCUCAGCUCUGACUCCCCAGCGUCCAGAAUAACCAACCCCAAAGUUCCUUGAUGAAAGCCCUAACCCCUCAACAACGCAAUUCUUUUCUUUUUGUGACUGCAUGUUUCUGAUAUCUUGUAUGUCCAUAUAUCAUAAAUGUUCUAUGUGCCUUGUGUGUGACUGUUGAUACUGCGUUUUGCACCUUUGCCCCAGAGUAAUGCUGUUUCAUUUGGCUGUAUUCAUGGGUAAUUAUGUAUGGGUGAACUUCAAAUUGAAUCUCUAGUGGUCAAAUGCAGUGAGAGGUAUAGAGAGAAAGAAUCAUCAGAGUGGAAAUGUCAAAUAUUAGUGGGCAUUGUUUUAAGCUGAGAGGGGGCAAAAUUUAAAGUGGAUUUGUGAGGCAAGUUUUUUAACACGGAGAGUGGUAGGUACCACUCGUAACUGUCAGAGGAAGUGGUCAAAGUAGAUAUUAUAGCUACAUUUAGCAUUUAGACAGGAUAUGAACAGGUAGGGUAUAGAGAGAUGCAGACCAUGUGCAGGCAGGUGUGCAGCUUGGCACAGAUGUUGUGGGCCAAAGGGUUGUUCCUGUUCUGUAGCGGUCGAAGGAGAUGAGUGAGGGCUUUGGAGAGCAUCUGCACCACUGGGAGUGUGAGAAAUGUGGGUAUCUGCACUGACAGUGAAUGCUGGAAAACUCAGCAACAACCAUAGGAAGAGAAGAAAUCGAGUUCAUGUGACAGGUGAUCUUACAACAGAAAUGCCCAUUUCUGAAAUGUGCGGGAAAGGCCAGUUAUAUGAAAUGGUUGAAUAUUGUGUCCAUUGUAUCAACAAUGAAUCAUUAAAUGGUAUUUCAGUAAAGACAUAAAUUAUUACAAUUUAAAGAUUGAUGCCUACAUUUAACAGUUGAGGAAAUAUGGAUAUUUUUUGUAUGAAAUAUUGCCCCACCUCUAAUUUCAGAGCGAGCAUUGUUGAAAUAUAGCAAGUCAGGCAGCACAGUAGUGUAGCAGUAAGUGCAAAGCUUUACAGUACCAGCUGUAAGACUGGCGGGGUUUCGAAUCCCGCCACUGCCUGUAAGGAGGCCGUACAUUCUUCCCAUGACUGUGUGGGUCUUCUUCAGCUGCUCUGGAUUCCUCCCUCAGUCCAAAGAUGUACAGUUAGGGAUAGUGAUUUGUGGCCAUGAUAUGACAGGGACACUUUAGGCUGAUCAGCUCAAACCUUGCUGGUUGGAUUUGACGCAAGACAACUGUACAUUUGAUGUUUCAAUGUGUACUUGACAAAUAAUCUUUACCUAUGGAUGGGAAUAAACAGGCAAUGUUUCAGGCUGAGGCCCUACAUCAAGAGACAUUUCUCAGCCUGAAACAUUGACAGUUUAUGCCCCUCCAUAGAUGCUGCUUGACUUGCUAAGUUCCUCCAGAAUUUUGUAUGUGAUACUGAAGAUUUCCAGCAUCUGCAGGAUCUCUUGUGUUUAUUUUGCUCAAAUAGACUUUACCACCCAGUGUUAAGUGAGAUGAGGACUUGCUGCAGUUCCAUUUGGCAAAGGUGAGUUGCCUCAGAGGCAAAUCAUUCCUGGGGUGAGAGGAUUGAGCAAUGAGAUGAGUUUGUUUCAGACCAAAGAUUGAAAGAGCGAGAAAUGUUUUAUUAAAGCAAUGAAUUUUGAGAGAUUCUGACUGAGUCUGUGUCCUUUGGAUGGAGAGUGUAAACCUGAAGAUCUUUUCCUUACAUUAAGCGGUCAGCCAGCUAGGACUGCAAUAAGCAGAAAUUCCUUUACUCGGAGGGCGAUCAAUCUUUGGGCUUUCCAGUCUCAGUGGACAUCAUUGAGUUCAAAGGAUCUUUAUCCACUCGAGGAUUCCAAAUAUGAGUUUGGAUGGGAAAGUGGGUGCAAGGUGGUGGUUCAGAUAGAAACCAAGGGAAAAGUUGGGGUAACACGAUGACGUAGCAGUUAGAGUAAAACUAUUCCAGUAGUGGUAAUCUGGAUUCAAUUGCACUGCCGUCUGUAAGGAGUUCGGACAAACUCCCGGUGACUACCUGGAUUUCUUCCGGGCACUCUGGUUUCCUCCCACAUUCCAAAGAUGCAUGGGUUAGUAGUUAGUAGUCAUGAAAGUGAAAUAGGGCAGAGUGGGCUCAUUGGGCUGGAAGGGCCUGUUACCGUUCUGAAUCUCGAACUAAAUAAUCAUGACAAGUGCAGGAAGUUGUGCUGAGAUGAGAAGGAUCGUAUUUAUUAGUGGGACAAGCAUGAGGGCUAAAUGGUUUACACUACUUAUGGUCUUAUGGUGAACUAGGGGCCUCAGGCCUACCCCUGUUCAAGUUUUCUCUCUCGGUAACUGGGGCUGAUCAUGAAUGCAGGAACGAUUCUCUGGUUCUGACCCAAUCUAUCACAUGAGGAAGGCCUUUUCUCCUCUCCCACCAAUCCCCUGCCAUGGUCAACUAACCAUACUUUGGCGAUGGGUUUAAGCCUUCAGAAAAAAAUCAAACGGGUAGCUUAGCCAGUCUGAGACUUGUACUGAAGCAUUUUAUGAGCAGAGAUGGAUGAACAAUCCACUACGUCCAAGCACCCCCAUUCCCAAAACGCUCCAGCCCCAGAAACACAGCAUGAACACGCGGGAGAAAGAUGGAAGUCUUCGUGUCCCACUUUGAAGACUGAACAUUACAGUCUUCUCUGAAUGCAGCACUAUUGGGAGGAAUUUGGACAGUCAGGCAGCAUCAAUUGACGAGAAUAAACGGUAUAUGUUUCGGGCCGAGGCCCUUCCAUCUAUUCUGUUUAUUCUCUCCAUAGAGUCUGCCUGACCAGCUGAGUCCUCCAGCAUUUUGUAUGGGUCAUUCAAGAUUUCCACACUUGUAGAAUCAUUUGUGUUAAAUACUAUUUGAGUUCUCUUUUAUCUUUUCAGCCCAGAGUUUUAAGGCCUGUGAUUACUUGAGAAUUAAUCAAUCAAUAUGGAUGGAUUUUGUUUUAAAUUGCAUUUUAACAAAUGUUUUAAAUGUGAUUAAAAUUGUUACAAAUAUCAAUAAAAUUUGUUGUAUUAAG